UUGGAAGGCAGCGAGCUUCUGCUGCAUUGCGGCGACCUGGAGUGCAUCGGCGUGCUCGAUUGCCUCGAGCAGGUGGCUCCGGUGCUGGCGGUUCGCGGCUAUGAAGACCCACGCGAGGCUGGCGACCGAUUGGCCGAUGUUACCCGAGUAGUAAACGCGGGUGGCGUACGCAUCGGCAUGGUGCACGACAUCCAGUGGCCGACGCCACCAAUUUUCACCACGCCAGACGGUACCGGACUGCAGUAUCCGUCUUCCGGGCUUCACGACAUCCUGCAGCGGAAAUUCAGUUGCGCGGUGGAUGUGGUGGCCUUUGGCGAUACCCACGAAGAACUCGUUGAGUGGCGAGACGGCGUAUUGUUUAUCAAUCCCGGCAGCCCCACCUAUCCGGGGCGACGCCAUUCCCCGGGUUCUCCGGGCACGGUGGCGAUAUUAGACAUUGUCGAAGGCAAUAUCGAGCCCCGCAUCGUAAAUCUGUCGGACUACACCUAG